AUGAGGCGCUGGCGCUCCUGGCCUGCGUGGCUGCUUUUCCUUGGGUCGUUGAUGGGAUGGCCCCAGAGGCAAAGGGACGUCGAGGGGCAAGCUGACUUUGUGCAGCUUCGGAAGGCCGUGCCAGGAUGGAGGAGAGGCCCUCGUGGACUUCGCAGUUUCUAUGGGGAUUCGAUCCCUGUGCCUCCACCUGGUCAUCCUGACCAUCCAGUUGGUGCUGAGGUUCAGCCAUUUGCCAAUCAAAAUGGAGGUGUUGAUGACACCAUCGCGCCACCCCGCCUGUACAUGUAUGGUCCAGCGGCAAGCCCGCUCGCGCGAGGCUACGCGGUGGACUGCAGUGCAUGGCACACUUCUGGGAGUGCAGAGCGGGAGCAGCUGGUGGACCAGGUCUUGACGGUGCUGCGGAGGAACGGCUUCGCGGUGCUGGAGGGCAUGGUCCCAGCGGCCGAGCAGCUGGCGAUGGAGGCGGCGGCCGUGCGCCACUUCGAGACUUUGCCCGAGGGCUACUUCACCUCCCCGCUGCGCGCGGACCGGUCUCAGGUCCACGUGCCCUACGAGGAGCCCUGGAGCGCCGAGUGGCUGGUGCCCAACGACCUUGUGCUGCAGGUCACGGCGAGGUAUGUGAUCAACAACAUGGCCUGUGGGAGGUCCGAGGAAGAGCAGCAAGCGGCCUGGUGCCAGUGGGUGACGCAGGGCUCCGACAUGGACUGGUUCUAUCAAGUGCCGCCACAGCAGGGCCCCUUGGCAACCGAACCACCGCAUGGCUGCACUUGCGUCGGGAGGGCCGAAGAGCUUGGGCCCUGGCUGGGACGGGUGAUGAUCACCAAGACCCCAAAGCAGUCACCUCUGAUGACCCGACACCGGGACAUCAUCCUACCGGGCCCUUUCGCACAGCUCACCGUCGGCGUCCCUCUGACGCCCUUGGUGGCCAACAACGGCCCCUUAGCUCUGAGGCCUGGUUCCCACGUCAUGGACAGCCCCGGCUACGAGGUGGUAACCAACAUCCCCCACGGUUCCAUCAUGCUCUACGAUUCAUUCGUCGACCACCGGGCCGUAGAGCACCAUGGCACGGAAGACCGCUACGUCCUCUACUACGAGUUCGAGACGCGGGGCAUCUUCACCGGCUAUGUGGACGGCCACUUUGGGAAAGAGGCCUCCAAGUCUGAGCACGACUUCCGGGAGGUCGUCGAUCCCGUCCUUCGGAGUUAUGUGGCGCAACUUCAAGACCAGCGGAUUAUGGCGUAG